GUGAGGAUGAGGAGGGCUCUUCAGCUGCUGCUGGCCUCUCUGGCCUUGGUCUCCUUGAUGUCUUUCAUCGAUGCUGGACCGCUCAACCUGAUGUCUGCCCCCAACCUGCUGCGAGUGGGAACACCAGAAAACAUCUUUGUUGAAUGCCAGGACUGUAGCGGGGCGAACCAACUCGUCACCAUCUUUGUUAAAAACCAUCCAACAAAAACUAAAACACUGACGACCACACAAGUAACCCUAACCAAUGGCAAUAACUUCCAAGGCUUUGCACAGAUUACUAUCCCACCUGGAGACUUCAACAAGGAUCCAUCUGUAAAACAGUUUGUCUACCUGGAAGCUGUGUUCCCAGACCGAACACUGGAGAAGUUCGUUAUGGUUUCCUUCCAGUCCGGGUACAUUUUUAUCCAGACCGACAAGACACUGUACACCCCCAACAGCAAAGUGUAUUACAGAAUGUUUGGAGUGACCCCUCGCAUGGAGCCAGUAGAGAGACUUAAUGAUGCCAAGACUGACACCUCUAUCUCCAUCGAGAUUGUGACCCCUGAAGGCAUCAUCCUACCGUUGGACCCUGUCUCUCUGAAGUCAGGACUGCACUCUGGAGACUAUCGGCUGACUGAGAUUGUCAGUCCUGGACUUUGGAAAAUUGUGGCAAAGUUCCAGAGCAAUCCACAGGAGAGCUUCUCUGCUAAUUUCGAGGUCAAAGAAUAUGUGCUCCCCAGCUUUGAGGUCAAGCUCUCCUCCCUGAGAUCUUUCUUCUAUAUCGACAGUGAAACUUUGGAGAUUGACAUUAAAGCCAGGUAUCUUUUUGGACAAGAAGUGAAUGGAAAUGCCUAUGUUGUGUUUGGAGUCAUGGACCAAGGCCAGAAGAAGAGCUUCCCUGACUCUGUAUCUCGAGUGCCGAUUGAAAACGGAGAGGGAAAAGUAGUGUUGAAGAGGGAACAGAUCACAAAAACCUUUCAGGAUAUCAAUCAGCUUGUGGGCACCUCCAUCUUUGUUUCUGUUAGCGUGCUGACAGAAAGCGGGAGUGAGAUGGUGGAGGCAGAGCUAAGAGGCAUCCAAAUCGUCACAUCUCCUUACACCAUCACCUUUAAAAAAACUCCAAAAUAUUUUAAACCUGGAAUGUCCUUUGAUGUGGCGGUUGAAGUUUUAAAUCCUGAUGAAAGUCCAGCAGUGAACAUCCCAGUGGUUGUAACUCCUGGUCCUGUAAGGGGCUCUACCGCCGCCAACGGCGUAGCGAGGCUGACCAUCAAUACAGCAACAACGGCUGGAGGGCUGUCAAUCUCUGCAAAGACUGAUGAUCCAAAUAUUUCACCUAACAGACAAGCCCAAGCCACAAUGCAGGCAAACCAGUACUCUACCAACAGCAAGACUUACAUCCAUAUUGGUGUGGACACGCCUGAGGUCAAAUUAGGUGACAACCUGAAGAUCAACCUAAUUCUGAACAAGCAGCCAAGUGGAAGCAAAGACAUCACUUAUCUGAUCACCAGCAGGGGUCAGCUGGUGAAGUUUGGACGUUACAAAACAAUAGGCCAAGUGCUGAUCUCCCUCAUAAUUCCCGUUACCCAAGAGAUGCUGCCGUCCUUCCGGAUUAUUGCUUUCUACCAUCCCAGCAAUAAUGAAGUGGUGUCAGAUUCAGUUUGGGUGGAUGUUACAGAUUCAUGCAUGGGCUCGCUGACAUUGGAACCAACGAGACCUGGCACUGCCAACGAGCCCCGCAGGUUGUUUGGCUUAAAGGUCUCUGGAGAUCCAGGUGCCACAGUGGGACUGGUGGCCGUAGACAAAGGUGUUUACGUCCUAAACAGCAAGCACAGACUCACACAGAAAAAAAUUUGGGAUGAGGUGGAGAAGUUUGACACUGGCUGUACUCCUGGUGGAGGGAAGAAUGGCUUGAGCGUGUUUUUUGAUUCCGGGCUGUUAUUUGAGUCCAGUACUGCAUCAGGAACAGUUUACAGACAAGAAAAGAAAUGUGCAGCACCAUCCAGGAGAAGGCGGGCCUCAACCAUCAUGGAUGUCAGAACCACAUUAUUGAGUCAGUAUAAGGAAGAUCUACAGCGGGAAUGUUGUUUGGACGGCAUGAAGGACUCCCCAGUUUCAUACACAUGUGAGCGUCGCUCUGAGUACAUCCUGGAUGGUCAGGCUUGUGUCGAUGCUUUUGUCACCUGCUGCAAAGAAAUGGAAAAACAACAACUUGAAAAGAAAGAGGAGAGCCUGCAGCUGGCCCGAAGUGAGACAGAUGACAGCUACAUGGACAGCAAUGAAAUUGUUACUCGCAGCAAUUUCCCGGAAAGCUGGCUCUGGUCCGAUAUUAUUUUGCCACAAUGCCCCCAAAAUACACCCAACUGUGACUCCACUUCAUUUGUGAAAAAUGUUCCUCUGCCUGAUUCCAUCACAACCUGGGAGUUCACCGGCAUUAGCCUCUCAAGAACUCAUGGCAUCUGUGUGGGAGAGUCACUGGAGGUGAUUGUUCGCAAAGACUUCUUCAUAGACCUCCGGCUGCCGUACUCAGCUGUCCGCGGAGAGCAGCUGGAAGUGAAAGCCAUUCUACACAACUACAGGCCAGAGAUCAUAACCGUUCGUAUAGAUCUACUUGAGGAAAAGGACACGUGCAGCGCAGCUUCUAAACGUGGGAAAUAUCGCCAAGAGUUGAACGUUGGCAAGAUGUCCACAAGAUCUGUUCCCUUCAUCAUUAUUCCCAUGAAGGAGGGGACUCUUCCCAUCGAGGUCAAAGCUGCUGUCAAAGACUCGUACCUGAGUGAUGGAGUGAAGAAAGACCUGCGGGUGGUUCCUCCAGGAGUUCUGGUUAAAACUGCAAAAACUGUAACCUUGGAUCCAGCUCAUAAGGGGAAAAACGGUGAACAAGUGGAAGUUCUGAACAGCAACAUUCCUGAAAGUAAUAUGAUUCCAAACUCACCUACAAGUACUCAGAUCUCAGUGACAGGCCGAGAACAAGUUUCUAGUCUGGUUGAAAAUGCCAUCAGUGGAAAGUCUUUGGGUACUCUGAUUAAGCAGCCCUCUGGUUGUGGAGAGCAGAACAUGAUGCGCAUGACCCUACCUGUCAUUGCAACCACAUAUCUGGACAAAACCAACCAAUGGGAAGCCGUUGGCUUUCAGAAACGGGAUGAGGCCCUUCAGCACAUAAAAACAGGCUACAACAACGAGCUAGCCUACAUAAAAAACGACGGUUCCUUUGCUAUAUAUCCUAGAAGUCCAAGCAGCUCCUGGUUAACAGCCUAUGUUGUUAAAGUGUUUUCCAUUGCCAACAACCUGGUGGCCAUCAGAAAGAAUCACAUUUGUGAUGCUGUGAAGUUCCUGAUCCUCAGAGCUCAGCAGCCAGAUGGCUUGUUCACAGAAGUUGGAAGAGUCUCCGCUGGAUAUAUGACUGGUGAUGUUCAAGGCUAUGACUCUGAUGCCUCUAUGACAGCCUUCUGCCUCAUUGCCAUGCAGGAGUCACGCUCGGUCUGUGAAGGUUACAUCAACAACCUGCCAGGCAGCAUUAACAGGGCAGUUGCCUACCUGGAGAAACGACUUCCCAGCCUUACAAAUCCUUACGCUGUUGCCAUGACAUCAUAUGCUCUGGCUAAUGAGGGAAAACUAAACCGCCAGAUUCUCUACAAAUUCGUUUCUCCAGAGUUGUCCCACUGGCCUGUUCCUGGGAGGCACGUCUUUACCCUUGAGGCCACAGCUUAUGCUCUUUUGGCCUUGGUCAAAACCAAGUCUUUUGAAGAUGCCAGACCUGUUGUGAGAUGGUUCAACCAGCAGCAGUUUGUUGGUGGGGGUUAUGGAUCCACCCAGGCUACAAUUAUUGUGUACCAGGCUUUAGCAGAGUACUGGACCAACGCUCAAGAACCACAGUAUGAUCUGAAAGUGGAUGUCUUGUUGCCAGGCAAAUCAAAGCCUGACAAAUAUCAAUUCACCCGUGAAAACAGCUAUGCUACAAGAACUUCUAAUAUCAAAAACAUAAACAAAGAUAUAAAAGUGAAGGCUACUGGAUCGGGAGAAGCUGUUGUCAACAUGGUGUCCUUGUACUAUGCUCUGCCUGAAGAAAAGGAAAGUGACUGCCAGAAGUUUGACAUGUCAGUGCAGCUGCUUCCAGAUAAGAAUAUUGGGAAUCAAAAGGUCUACAAGCUUCAGAUAGAAGUUUUAUACAAGGACAGUGAUCGUGAUGCCGCCAUGUCCAUCUUAGACAUCGGUUUGCAGACAGGCUUCACUCCCAACUUAGAUGACCUAAAAGCUCUGUCUGGAGGGCGAGCCCCCAUCAUUAGCAAGUAUGAAAUGGAUACAGCUCUGUCAGAACGAGGCUCACUCAUCAUCUACCUGGAUAAGGUUUCUCACACCCGACCAGAGGAGAUCAGUUUCAGGGUUCAGCAGACCAUGGAGGUGGGCGUUCUUCAGCCAGCAGCGGUGUCUGUCUAUGAAUAUUAUGAGCAAACACCUUGCGUGAAGUUUUACCAUCCAGAGAGGGAGGGAGGACAGCUGCUGCAGCUCUGCAGAGAUGACGAGUGCACAUGUGCAGAAGAGAACUGCAGCAUGCAGAAGAACGGUCAAAUCAGCAACGAUGAGCGAACAUCUAAAAUCUGUGAGAGCACAGAGAGCAGCAAAAUUGAAUAUGCGUACAAAGUUCUGGUGGAAGAUGUUGUCCAAAAACCGUCUAUAGACAUCUAUGCCAUGCGGGUGCAGGACUCCAUCAAAGAAGGAAGUACAGAUGUUGGCCCCAUGGGAAAACUACGGCCAUUUCUCAGUUAUCCCCAUUGCAGAGAUGCUUUGAAUCUGCUGAAAGGUAAAACAUACCUAAUCAUGGGAUCAUCCAGAGACAUCCACAGAGAUGAAAAAAAGCAAACAUAUCAGUACGUCCUUGGAGAAAGAACUUGGAUUGAGUAUUGGCCAACAGCAGAGGAGUGUCAAGGGGAUGAACACAGAGACACAUGCCUGGGCUUAGAUGAGAUGCUAGAACAGUACAGAGUGUUUGCAUGUCAGCAAUAAAGAUUUUUUUUUUCUGUUAAAAAGUGUUCCCCAACCUUUAUGUGGCUGCGGGAUUUUACCAAGGCCCAGUGGAAAUGGGUGGGGGUUGCCGUGGAUGCUUAAUUUCCGUUCGAUUAAAAAAAACCUUUUUGUGAUCAUCAGAAAAAACAAAUUAAUAUUAAUAAUAACAACAGAUAACACCAGUGUAACACAAAUUUCUAGUAACAUAUCCUGGCAAUGAAUGUUGUGAGUACUAUAUAAACAGGCUCCGUGUGUGGGAAAUUACCUGUUGCAAUAAAUCCAUAUUUUAAGCAGAA